AUGGCUACUUCCGCGUCCCCCGUCAUUAAAAGCAGCUGGUUGCCCCCCAACUCCUUCCACUACCUCGUCGGGGGCGGCUUGGGGGGCAUGUGCGGCGCGAUCGUCACAAGUCCAUUCGAUGUCGUUAAGACCCGCCUCCAGUCUGAUCUUUUCCGCGGCAGGGUCGCUUCCGUCACCCUCGAGGCCAACGGCGCGGGCGCGGUCGCCAUCCGUCGCAACGUCCUCUGGCACUUUGUCGAGACAAUGGACAUCGUCCGCGACAUUUACCACGUGGAGUCCCCGCGCGCGCUGUUCAAGGGCCUCGGACCCUCCCUCGUCAGCGUCGUGCCAGCGCGCUCCAUCUGCUUCUUCACCUACGGCAACGGCAAGCAUAUCAUCGCGGAUAGGUUCAAUAAUGGCGUCGAAAACUCGUACGUCCACCUCGCCGCUGCGGCAAUCGCGGGGCUCGCGACCGGCACCGCGACGAGUCCCGUAUGGGUCGUCAAAACCCGCUUGCAGCUGGACACCCACCCCGUCGCGUCCGCGACCGCCGCCACGUCAGCUCCGGCAAGUCGUAGCCUGUUCGGCGCGUCGAUGGGCAUGGCGAAGAAGAUCUUGCGCGAAGAGGGCUUCCGCGGCUUCUACAAGGGCCUCAGCGCGAGCUACCUGGGCUGGACUCUCUACGAGCGCUUGAAACGGUUAACGAUUGGAACGCAGGGCAGGGGUGGGGUGCAGGAGUGGCUGGGUAUGAUUGGGAGCGCAGGGUCGGCGAAGUGUGUCGCGACCCUGAUCACAUAUCCGCAUGAGGUCAUCCGCACACGACUACGACAGCCCCUGGUGAACGGUAGGGUGAAGUACACCGGCCUCGUCCAGACGCUGCGGCUUGUCAUACGAGAGGAGGGCGUCGCCUCAUUAUACGGUGGGCUCAGUGCCCACCUUAUGCGUGUCAUCCCGAACGCUGCCGUUAUGUUUUUCAUCUAUGAGGCCGUGCUACGAAUGGCGUAG